GCAUAAAAGGGCAACAGGUGAGCUCUUCAAUGGAGCAAUGGAUGCCAACAUUGGAAACGGGGGACGAGGACCGUAAUCUCUGAUGAGAGCCGAGCCACUUUGGUUGAUCAUGUGGUCAACCAUGCUCUAACAAUGAGGGAGGCUGGGCAAAGAGUGCAGCCAAAUCGGAGCAGGUACACUGUAGCAUCCAUCAUCCGGACUUUCCGAAAUGAGAAUAGAACUGAAAGAUUUCCAACACAAGAUGGUCUGAAAUCAUAAACAUGGUCCUAGAAAACAACGCCAUAACAUUACAGCAAAUACAAAGAAAAAUUAUAGAAAACAAUGACAUAUUUCAAAAUAUUGAUAGGGUAAGCUUAUCAACACUGGACCGUGUCUUUCGCAGAAAUCAUCUCAGGAUGAAGCAGGUCUACAGGGUGCCAUUUGAACGCAAUUCAGAAAGAGUCAAAGAAUUGCGAUAUACCUAUGUGCAAAGAGUCCUUGAGCUAGAGGUGGCUGCAGUGGAGCACCAGUUCAUCUUCAUUGAUGAGGUUGGGUUCAACCUCACAAAAAGACAAAAGAGGGGAAGGAAUGUCAUCGGCCAGCGUGCCAUUGUUGAAGUCCCUGGCCAGCGCAUAGGGAACAUCACAAUGUGUGCAGCAAUUACCCACCACGGCGUCAUCCAUCACCAUGCUACCCUUGGCCCCUACAACACCGCCCAUCUGAUCACAUUCCUGGACACCCUACACAACACACUCAUUCCACCAGAUCAGGUAGAUGGCCCAGAGCAGCUCAGGUACGUUGUCAUUUGGGACAACGUAAGUUUCCACAGGGCUGCUCUGGUUCGUAACUGGUUCACUGCCCACCCACACUUUUCAGUUGUUUAUCUCCCUCCGUAUUCUCCAUUCCUCAAUCCUAUUGAGGAUUUUUUUUUCUGCCUGGAGAUGGAAAGUGUAUGACCGAAAUCCACCAACGCGUAUACCUCUUCAAGCUAUGGAGGAUGCAUGUGGAGAUAUAGCAGCUGAUGCUUUUCAUGGCUGGAAUCGCCAUGCUAGGCGAUAUUUCCCCCACUGCUUGGCCAGGGAAAACAUUGCUUGUGAUGUGGAUGAGGUGCUGUGGCCAGACCGCAACAGAAGAGAGGAUGCAGCAUA